GGGCCCUCCCCCAGAAGAUGGCGAGUCCGUGCGGGCGGCAGGAAUGCUCCAUUGAGAGGCGCGGCUUCCGCCACCAGCUCGACUCGUGGCGACACAAGCUCAUUCACUGUAUCCAGUUUCUGAUCCUACUUCCACAUUUGGGAGUAUGCAAGGGACAAACACAUCUCCUUGCGUAGCUUGACUGGAUAUCCCAAGACUAGGAUGGAAAAAAUCAUCUUCCAAAUGGAAAAGGACAAAAUCGGUGGGAAAAGAAAUGUUCUUUUCAAGCUUCUAAGAGCAGUGACAAUGGAGAGAAAAAAUACUAUAAAAAGGUUUGAAAGUAUUCUAGAAGGGCUGUUUGGACCUGGAUUAUUAAAAGAUCUCAGUUUGUUUAAAGACUGUGAGCCCGAAGGUGUUUCUGAUUGGUCUUUUGAUGAAAAUUGUCUUUUCUGCUGCUUGAGAAGAGAAAAAGUGAAGGAACACCUACUCAGUCUGGAUGAGCCAGCUUCAGAAGCUGGGCAAGAAGCUCUACUCAGACAAGAGCAAGCAAAAAUCAUUCGGUUUGAGAGGCAAGCAGAAGAGUUCCUCAAUGCGGUCUUUUACAGAAAAGACAGUCCUGGGGUCUCUGACCCCAAUAUUCCCCUAGUGGCCCGGGAGAUCAUGCAGCGAAUGAUCCGACAGUUUGCUGCUGAAUAUACCUCAAAAAAUAGCUCUACUCAGGACUCCAGCCAGCCCAAUAGCACAAAGAACCAAAGCCUGCUGAAAGCAUCUCUGGUCGCCUCCUCUCCCACGGCUGCAACUGCUCAGAACCCUGUGCUCAGCAAACUUCUCAUGGCUGACCAAGACUCACCUCUGGACCUUACUGUCAGAAAGUCUCAGUCAGAACCUAGUGAACAAGACGGAGUGCUUGAUCUGUCCACUAAGAAAAGUCCUUGUGCCGGCAGCACCUCUCUGAGCCAUUCUCCAGCCAGCUCCAGUACUGCAGGGAAUGGGCGACCUGGGAGACCCAGCCAGCACCAUCCAGAGGGACUUCGGAGUGGUGAUGGGGUACCUCCAAGAAGCUUGCAAGAUGGAACCAGGGAAGCUUAUGGCCACUCCACAUCUCUUAAAGUUCCACUGGCUCGAUCACUACAGAUUAGCGAAGAACUGCUGAGCAGAAACCAGUUUUCUACAGCUGCCAGCCAUGGGCCAUCUGGACUGCAGAAUCAUGGACAGCACUUAAUAUUAUCCAGGGAGGCUUCUUGGGCAAAACCACACUAUGAAUUCAAUUUCAGCCGCAUGAAAUUCAGGGGAAAUGGUGCACUCAACAACAUCAGUGACCUUCCUUUUCUUACAGAAAACUCUGCCUUUCAAAAAAUGGCACUUCAUACUAAACAGGAUGGGAAAAAGGAUGUGAGCCAUUCAUCUCCUGUGGAUUUAAAGAUACCACAAGUUCGAGGCAUGGACCUUUCAUGGGAGUCCCGCACUGGUGACCAGUACAGCUAUAGCUCUUUGGUAAUGGGUUCACAAACGGAGAGCGCGCUUAGUAAAAAGUUAAGGGCUAUCCUUCCAAAACAAAACAGGAGAAGUUUGCUGGAUGCUGGACCAGAUUCCUGGGGCUCAGAUGCUGAGCAGUCUACCUCUGGACAGCCAUAUCCCACCUCUGAUCAAGAGGGAGAUCCUGGCUCCAAGCAACCUAGGAAGAAAAGAGGGAGAUACAGACAGUACAACAGCGAGAUACUGGAGGAAGCAAUCUCUGUGGUUAUGAGUGGGAAAAUGAGUGUUUCCAAAGCUCAGAGUAUUUAUGGGAUUCCCCACAGUACACUGGAGUACAAAGUGAAAGAGAGGCUGGGCACUUUGAAAAACCCUCCAAAGAAAAAAAUGAAAUUAAUGAGGUCGGAGGGGCAGGAUGUUUCAAUAAAGAUGGAAUUAGAUCCCCAGGGAGAGGCAGCACAAAGUGCGAAUGAAUCAAAAGAUGAGUAGGGGUGUUGUAGAGUGCCAAUUACUUUACAGACUGGGUGAGCACUACUGCAUUGUUCAGCUACUACUGAGUGCACCUGACUCCCCUCUGUUUACUGUGACACUUGCUCCUUUGCAGUUUAGCAUAAGACUCUUGUGGGCACAGGUGAAAGGUGUGCUCCGAAUGUUGCAUAGUUGUAAAUUUUCUGGCCCAGUAUGGCUCAGAUCUUUUUUUUUCUUUCUUUCUUUCUUCCUUUUGCAUGUUUCUCUAUUGUUCAUGGAGAAUUGAGUUACCUCACAAAGAAUGCAGACAUGUGGAAGUAGACUCCUUGCCUGUGGAGCCUGGGCUUUUUUUUUUUCCUUCAUAUUUGCCUUUCAAAACCAAGUCCACUUUGUGAAACUGAUUCUUUCUAAUGCCAGACAUUUUUGAAUGAGAAUCAAACUAUUUUUUAUAAUAAUUUGAAAAGCUUCACAAAUUCUUGAGAACUCUUUUUCCCCCCUUCUUGGAUCCAGUUGAUUGAAGGAUUAAACUAACACAAGCUCUUUAGGAAUGGCAAAUCUCUUGAACUUGGAGAUGGGUAAUCAGUUGGGUCUAAUAAGGCUUUUGCCAUUUUCUUUCUAAAUUAAUUUACCAUUAGAAGUCUGCUUAGUGCUCACCCAGAGGGGAGGGAUGGGGAAACUUACAUACACUACCUUCAGAAUACUCUGGUUAACCACUUUGUAACACUACCUUCGCUGUAAUUUUGUUUGAUAUUUUACAAAGGUGAGAUUUAGACUCACCUGUUUGAGGAUGUAGCCUUAUCUCACGGAAGACAAGCUCCUUUUAGUCGGGAGCAGUCAGGGUACACUAAAUGAUGUAUUGGGGUAUGCCUCAUUUUAACAAAACUAUGGUUCUUUGUAACCUGUCGCUUUUUACAGACUUGAUUCUGAGUUUACUAAACUGCGGUUCCAACAACUAGGUUAAAUGACUCUAAACUGGGGAGUGGGGGUACACGUAACAAAUUACUGUGAUCUUGCGUAAAACAAAACAGCGGUCUCAUGAACUUUACAACCUCUCUAGUCUGCCCAAAUAUCCACAUGAAUGAAGGAUCUGUGUUAAUGUUCAGGGAAGAAAUAAAAACACACAGGUAGCCUGAUCUGAUUUAGGCUCCACAUCAUAUCUAGCUGUAAUACUGUCAGAGUUGAACACCCAAUGAGUGUUUCCUUUUUAAAUACUACAGUUGCCAGUAGCAGGAAAUGUUCUCUCAUAUCCUGCAUUUCUUUGUUUUACUUUUACCUGGUGUUGAUUGAUAGUGGUUUAGCACACACUAGUGUUAGCAGUUAAACCUCAUAUAAACACUCCAUAAACCACAAGUCCAAUCGUUUUUAUUAUGGUGAUAUUUUUAUCAUUAUAUAGAUUCAGGAUACGUUUUGUACAAUACCCUUGUCUUUGAUCGGUUCAGCUGGAGUGAUCAGUCACCAGAUAAAGCUCACUGGACUUAUUACAAUUUGACAAAAUCAGAAUUGCUGGUUUUUCAGGUGGAAACAAUUUAGUCUUAAUUUAAACUUGUGCAAAAGGUUUGUAGGACCACCAUUUCCCCAGUUGCACAACCAAAAGAAGUGUUGGAAUUUGUGUGUGAGAGAGCAUUAAGCACUGUUAUUGAUUUAAAUUGGAUACUAAAAGUUCAUGGGAAGAUGGCCUCUGUAGCCCCAGGGCUACUGAAUGAAUUCUGGAGCAGUUAAUUCAAUUAGCCUUCUUUUGUUUAUAUAUAUCUUUUUUCCAGCAACCUAUGCCGUUCAAAGGUU